CAGCUUCUUCUCUCGCGCAGGGCGGGCUUGAGGCGCGCGACGCGGACGCCUUUCCCUUAGCUGCGGGCCAUGGAGCGGCUGACAUUGCCUCCUGGUGGUGCGGCGGCCGUGGACGAGUACCUGGAGUACCGGAGAAUUGUUGGUGAGGAUGAUGGAGGGAAACUUUUUACCCCUGAAGAAUAUGAAGAGUACAAAAGAAAAGUUCUACCUAUGCGCUUACAGAACCGAUUGUAUGUGAGCUGGCGAUCACCCACUGGAAUAGACUGUAAACUUGUGGGCCCAGAGACUCUGUGUUUUUGUACACAUAGGUAUAAACAACAUAAAACUGACUUUGAAAUGAUGCCACAGCAGCGCCCCAUCAGUCUGCCUUGCCGAGUGACUGGCUGCCAGUGCAAGGCUUACCUGUACGUCCCUUUGAAUGGCACACAGCCCAUUCGCUGCAGAUGCGAGCACUUUGCUGAUCAGCACGGUGCUGCGCCUGGCUUUACAUGCUCUGCAUGUUCCAAGUGUUCAGGUUUUCAUAGCUGCUUCACUUGUGCUUGUGGUCAGCCUGCAUAUACCCAUGAAACAGUAGUGGAAACUAAGGAAGAAAGACUGGCUCAGGGAAAACCAGUAGGACAGGAUGUUCCCUAUGCAGCAAUGGGAGGAUUAACUGGCUUCAGCUCACUGGCCGAAGGCUACAUGCGAUUAGAUGACAGCGGAAUUGAUGAAGAAAUUCAGUGGAGAGAAGUAAAGCAACUUUGUUAUUCAGCGAGUACACAGUAUGGUUCGGUUCAACCCAGAGGUUGUUCUGGGCUCCUUAAUCUGUCUCAUUGUUGCUAUUUCUGUGCAACUACCACAUUGUUUUAAUUACUAUAUCUUUAUAAUAAAUAAAUUAAUUAAUAUUGAUGAAUUUAUUUUAUUACUUCUCGCCUACUGUUCCCUUUUAAUUCUUUCCAGAACUUUGACAUCAUUUUGUGAAUUUACAAAACAUUCUGUUAUUUUAAUUGAGAUCACAUUGAAUGUAUAUAUUAAUCUAGUAAGAAUCGAUAUUUUAAAAUAUUAACUCUGUUCAUUUAUUUGUCUUGUUGUUGUU